AUGUCCAAACUUCAAACCAAGAGAGUAAAAUCUGCCGCUGGCCGCAUGUGGACUUCAAAUGUCUCUAAAAUCAGACAGUCUCUUAAAAAUGUUUACCAUAAAUGCAAGACUCAGCACUUAUAUAAAUAUCCAAGUAUGGCUUCCUAUGAUUGUACACAAAAUGAUAUUAGCACUGAUGAAGAAAUGAAUCUUAAAGUAAUGCUCCAAGAUAUCAAAACUUCCCAACUUGAACUCCUCAGACAAAUGACUGACAUUGUCACUUCAGUAACAAAAAUUGAGGAAAAGAAUGGCCUUUAUCAGAAGCAAAUGGAGGCAUUGGAAAUCAAAGUAAGUGUUAACAAAAACAAGCAAUGCACAAUAACUAACAAUAUUUUCUCUAUAAAAGAAGACAUUGAUACCUUAAAGAAGAAAAUUAUGGAACUGGAAAACCAGAAUUUUUGCUCCAAUAUACCUUGUUUACAGGUUCUGGAGGGAGAAAAGGGUAAAGAAAUCAAGGAAUUGCUUCAGAAACUCAUGGAAUCAGAAACUCUGAAAAAGACAUCAGUCUCUACAGAAUCUAGAAUUUCUUCAACACCACCAGAAAAAGUGCCUAAUCAUCCAGGCUCUGAUGAUCAUCUUAAAGAAACAGCAAGUUCUCCCAAAAUUAAAAGUCUGAAAAAAAGUAACCAUUCAAGUGUUUCAAGAAGCUUUCAAAAAAUGAACUCAAAUAUUUAUAUUUACCCAGACUUUAGUACAUGGAUCAAGCUAACUUUUGUCCAUGGAGGAAAGUGGAGAUUUUUCCUUAGUGCUACCAAUUUGGAGGAUUUCAUCCAGUGGCUUCUUGCUAGGCAAACUGUCAUUCCUAAGGAAACACAGCUCAAUACCCAAAGAUACUAUCCAUUUGCUAGACUUAUUGCAAGCUUCACCACUAUCUGUCUCUCUGUUUUCAACUAUGUUUAUUGCCUCUUUGUUUCCUCAAAAGAGGACGUAACUCGACUAUAG